CGUUUUGGCCUCAUUUGCCUUCCAUACAUCUGUGGGGGUGAGGUCACUAACAGGGCGGGGACACAUUUGUCUACUUUUGUCUCUACGUGGAAGAGGCAGGACUUCAAAACUGGACGCUGUCUGGAAUUUCAGGAGCACCGACACCUCACACCAUCCUCUUGACUGACCACGUCUGGUCGAUCACAGAAAAAUGUCUGGAAAAAUAACGAAAGAGGAUGAGGCGGAGAUGAGGGAGGCCUUCGAUAAAAUUGAUCUGGAUGGCAAUGGACAUAUUUCUGAUUAUGAGCUUGGCGAGCUUCUAAAGGAGGCCGGCCACGCCCAGCCAGGAUACAUGGUCCGAGAGAUCCUGCAGAAACUUGACCGCAACAAGGACAGCAGAAUCAGCUUUGAUGAGUUUUUGUUGAUUGUUAAGGAGCUGAAGGGCAGUGAAGUUGCAAAAACCUUUCGCAGGGCCAUCAACAGAAAAGAGGGAAUCCUGGCUAUUGGAGGGACGUCGGAGUUGUCAAGCGAAGGCACCCAACACUCCUUCUCUGAGGAGGAGAGAUACGCUUUUGUUAACUGGAUCAACACCACUCUGGAAAAGGAUCCUGACUGUCAACAUGUGCUGCCUAUGAAUCCCAACACAGACUCCCUGUUCAUGACUGUGGGAGACGGCAUUGUGCUCUGCAAAAUGAUCAACAUGUCAGUGCCAGACACCAUUGAUGAGAGAACCAUCAAUAAGAAGAAGCUGACACCAUUUACAACACAGGAGAACCUGAAUCUUGCUCUUAACUCUGCGUCUGCCAUUGGCUGCCACGUGGUGAACAUCGGUGCUCUUGACCUAAAAGAAGGGAAGCCCCAUCUGGUGCUGGGCCUCCUGUGGCAGAUCAUCAAGAUUGGCCUCUUUGCUGACAUUGAGCUCAGCAGAAAUGAAGCGCUGGCGGCCUUGCUGAGAGAUGGCGAAACCCUGGAGGACCUGAUGAAGCUGUCACCGGAGGAGCUGCUGCUGCGCUGGGCAAACUUUCACCUGGAAAACGCUGGCUGGCAGAAGAUCAACAACUUUAGCUCGGACAUCAAGGACUCAAGGGCCUAUUUCCACCUUCUGAAUCAGAUCUCCCCUAAAGGCACAGAGGAGGAUCAACCUUGCAUCGACAUCAACAUGGCAGGCUUCAAUGAGAGAGAUGACUUGAAGAGGGCAGAAGCUAUGCUGCAGCAGGCCAACAGGCUCGGCUGUCGACAAUUUGUCACCCCAGGUGAUGUCGUCAGUGGAAACCCCAAACUCAACCUCGCCUUUGUGGCCAAUCUGUUCAACAAAUAUCCAGCGCUGACCAAACCGGAGAGCGAGGACAUCGACUGGGGGCUCUUGGAAGGUGAGACGAGAGAAGAGAGGACAUUUAGAAACUGGAUGAACUCCCUUGGAGUGAACCCUACUGUGAACCAUCUGUAUGUAGAUUUGCAGGAUGCCAUGGUCAUCCUUCAGCUCUACGAGAGAAUCAAAGUGGCGGUCGACUGGAACAACAAGGUCAACAAGCCUCCUUAUCCAAAACUGGGAACCAAUAUGAAAAAGUUGGAGAAUUGUAACUACGCAGUGGAGCUGGGUAAAUCAGCCAAGUUUUCUCUGGUUGGUAUUGGCGGGCAGGACCUAAAUGAUGGCAAUGCCACCCUGACUCUGGCACUGGUGUGGCAGCUCAUGAGGAGAUACACAUUGAACGUACUGGAGGAACUGGGUGAUGGAGAGAAAGUAAAUGAUGACAUCAUUGUAAACUGGGUGAACAAAACAUUGGCAAAGGCUGGAAAAUCUACAAAGAUCUCAAGUUUUAAGGACAAGGAGAUAAGCAGCAGUCUGGCAGUGUUGGAGCUGAUCGAUGCCAUUCGGCCUGGGAGCGUCAACUUCGAGCUGGUUAAAACCCGCAGCCUCUCUGAAGAAGACAAACUAAACAAUGCCAAAUACGCCGUCUCGAUGGCAAGGAAGAUCGGCGCUCGCGUCUAUGCCCUGCCUGAGGACCUGGUAGAGGUCAAGCCCAAAAUGGUGAUGACGGUCUUUGCCUGUUUGAUGGGACGAGGGAUGAAUCGCGCCUAAGCAAGCUGCUUGGAUCACAGUGACACUUACACUUCCCCAAAAACAAUUAGCAUUUCGAAAGAGCUCCCUCAACCGAAGAAAUGAAGAUUUGUUAUUGGUUUUGUUGAGUCAUACAAUUACAUGUUUCCGUUGCCUCUCCUCAUAAACAGAGGUGUUCCCUGAAGGAUCGUUUAUUGAAGGUGAAGCUCCAGUAGCAAAAUCUGCAGAGGCAGCGCUUAUCAACCUGUUACGCUCAUUUAUAAGAAUGCUCUUUUUUUUUGAGCUUUUUGUUUUCCAAUACAAGUAUGCAGAAUAUACAGCUGCAAGGUUGUUUACAUAUUUUUACCCUGACCAAUAAGUAAAUAAUCUCCUCAGCCAAGCAACAGACAUUCCUGAUUACCAUAGCUUUGAAUAAAUGCGUCAGAAGGCCAAAAGUAAGAACGGAAGUUAGAGAGGUUUAAAGUUUGGGUGGAGCCCACUUUAACAAACAUACCCAAACGUGUCCUCUUGCUCAAUGAAGUGCGCGUAUUUCUUGGUAGGUGGCUUCGCGGAUGCCUACAUAUCAGAAAACAGAAGCCAUCAGGUCAAUUUUUGGUGAUGACCUGUGGGAUGUGAUAUUUAUAUUCCUGUUUGUUUCUUGGGAUUAUCAUGCAACAUGCUGUAAAUGCUGUCUUUAAGGGUGUCUGGUUUGUGUUGUAUUGGGAUUUUUUUAUUUUUAUUAUUACUGUUUGCCCGUUAGAUGAUGAGCAGGCUGACUUGAUUCUCCUGGCUUUAUGCUGUGCCUGUAACUAUCAAAGAUGAUGUGUAUUUGUGCCUUGAGGUUGUCUGUUUUUGUUUUCUGCUCAUAUUCAACAUUACCAAAUACAAACAGUUACUCCAUUCCAGGUAGUUCAAUGUUAUGCUAUGACAAUGGCCAAAUUAAAUUUGGCCUUGUGUUCAUGUCUAUUCUCUCAAGUAAGUGCUUUACAUGUAACAAUAAAUAUAAAUUUAAAAAACA